UUUUUUUAAUAUUCGGAAGAAAGAGAGAGAGUAAAAGGGAAAGAUCCAGAGAAAAGCCUAAGCAGACCUCUCUGUCGUCUUCGUCUCUCUCUCUCUCUGUCUCCGCCAUGACAAGCUCUUCAUCUCCUUCACGCAAGGCGCUAAGCAAGAUCGCUUGUAAUAGGUUACAGAAAGAGUUAUCUGAGUGGCAAGUAAAUCCACCGACUGGGUUUAAGCAUAGAGUUACUGAUAAUCUUCAAAAAUGGGUAAUAGAGGUAACAGGAGCACCUGGUACGCUUUACGCUAAUGAGACAUAUAAUCUUCAGGUUGAGUUUCCUCAACAUUACCCUAUGGAAGCUCCUCAGGUGAUAUUUGUUCCACCCGCACCACUACAUCCUCAUAUUUACAGCAAUGGGCAUAUUUGUUUAGAUAUUCUGUAUGACUCCUGGUCUCCCGCAAUGACGGUGAGUUCAGUCUGCAUCAGCAUUCUCUCUAUGCUAUCGAGUUCACCCGAAAAGCAACGCCCGGCUGAUAAUGAUCGAUACGUGAAGAAUUGCAAGAACGGGAGAUCUCCUAAAGAGACAAGGUGGUGGUUCCAUGACGACAAGGUUUGAUGAUGAUGACCUACAAGAUGUCUCCUUUUCUUUUACUAAAGAGGUUUAUAUAAUUUCCCAAGACCGAUAAUACUAAUUGAAAUUCCUCAUGGCCUCCACUAUCUCUUUUUUUUUUGUACGGAUUAUUAUGUAUAAAUGACAUCUGAAAUGUUUCAGUGUCUGAAUUAACACCUUGUGCUUUUCUCCUCUCUGAAGUAACCUAGUUUCUAGGCAAAAAAAAAUUGUAUUUUGGCGAUGUAUGUUCUUCAUAUUCAAGUUUGAGAUGUCAA